CAGCGCCCAGGUCGGCGGAGGAGGAGGAGGAGGAGGAGGAGGAGGAGGGAGGCGAGAAGAUGGCGGCCAAAGGCGGCAGGAACGGGCUGCUCGACAAGUGGAAGAUCGACGACAAGCCAGUAAAAAUUGACAAAUGGGACGGGUCGGCCGUGAAAAAUUCCUUGGACGAUUCUGCCAAAAAGGUCCUCCUGGAGAAGUACAAAUACGUCGAAAACUUCCGUCUGAUCGACGGCCGCCUCAUCAUCUGCACCAUCUCGUGUCUCUUCGCGAUCGUAGCCCUCAUCUGGGAUUACCUGCACCCCUUCCCUGAAUCCAAGCCGGUCCUUGCGUUUUGUGUCGUAUCAUAUCCUUUACCUGCCUUGUCCCAUCUAGAGUCCCAGAAUAUCCCAAGCUGGAAGGGACCCCUGAGAAUUAUCGAGUCCGACUCCAAAUUCGAGUCCCAUCCAAAGCAGUUCCUCCAGGAAGACCGACGUCUGUGGAGGUUUUACAACACAAGCGGACGUGACAGAGGAUUGACGACACGAACGGACGUGCCAGACGAGCAGUGCUGGCCCAGAGCUGCCCACGGGCCUGCUCUCAAGGGCAGCUUUGGUAUCGGUGAGGCAGCACGAGCUGGCAGCCUGGAAGCUUGUUGCUGACCUGGGAGCCGCUGUGUCACUAGCUGGGCAAGUCCCGUCCUUGUUGCAGGCUGUGUUUUUUUUCUGUUUGGCACUCGGCAUGAACUCCGGGAUAGUUCGUCUCGCAGCGUUUGGGGUGAUUUACUUCCAAAAAUGAGAGAGAUUGCUUGGUCCGUGCUCAACAGAAAUAGCGCUUAUUCUGUGGCUCGCGCUUUCCCACCAUCUCCUGCAGAUGUUGCUCCAAACAAUUAGCAAAGUAAUGGAAAAGAGUAUUUCAUCGUUGUGAUUUCUGCUUUACUUAAUGGUUUCACAAAGCAUUUUGUGCAGCUGGCCCAGAAAUUUUGUUCUUGAAAGCACGUAGCGGGUUCUCGCUUUCCCCACUGCUUCCAGCCACCCGUUAGUGCUCUUGUGCCAGUGCAAAGAUCCUAGGAAAGUGCCCCAAUUAUUAUUUAGCUUCCCGUGCUCGUGGGACGUCAGCCAAACAGCUGGCUGGGAAUGAUAACGCCACGAGAGGUGGCUGAAAGGCGCUGUCUCAGGGGAGCCCAGCUCCUCCUUUGCC